AUGCCAAAAACACGUAGCCUCCUUCGUCAGGAGAUUACUUACUCGUUCGCAAAAAAAGAAGAGGUCAAUGUCCUCCACCGCCUCCAGUAUGUCGACCUGCGGGAGAGAUACUUCACGCUGAUCAAUGCGAGACAUGGUUGGAUGAAGGCCAUUGUUGCACACCACCUGAACCUGGGCUCCUCUGAAAUCUGCCGUAUUGCUGACACGGCUGAAUGGUAUUGUGGUAGUUUCAAUGUCUGUGUGCCCAUCACCAUUGAGAAUUGGAAUUGGAGGCGGAAACAGCCGGGAAAGCGCGUUAUUUUGCGAUUUCCCUUGCCAUACCGUGUUGGAGAGAGCUUCAGGCCUGGCAACGGUGACGAAAAGGUUCGCUGCGAAGCCGGCACAUAUGCAUGGCUGCAAGAGAAUUGCCCCAGUGUGCCUAUUCCUCGAUUGUAUGGUUUUGCCAUGUCGACGGGCGAAACUUUCACUAAUCUUGAAUAUCGACCCUUCCUUGUACGGUGUUUUCAUUCCUUCCGGUUUCAAUUGCUAUCAUGGCUCCGGCUCCCAGUUCCCUCUCAAUAUAUUCGUCAUCAGGGCACUGGCUUAAUCGCUGAUGACAGUCAACGGAUAGCUGCCUAUCUCCUUGUCGAGCAUAUCGAAGCGGAUCGAGGAACAAUGCUCUCUUGUUCAUGGUCCGAAAACCGGCAUAACAUUGAUCUACGCAGCAACCUCUUCCGCAGCUUUUCUAGAAUUAUCUUGAGUAUUGCGCGGCUUCCGCAACCGCGAAUUGGAUCGUUCAUCAUCAACAAUAGUGGCUUCUUGCAACUCACAAAUCGACCACUCUCAAUCGAACUUCAAGAUUUGGAGAAUGAGGAGAUUCCAACGCAUAUCUCCCGAAAUACUACUUAUGCCACUGUCAAUGAGUACGUUACGGAUAUACUGGGAAUCCAUGGCAGUCGCAUCCGGCAUCAGCCAGGUGCCAUACACAAUAUUGGGGACUAUUGCUACCAAGUGGCAGCACUAGCAACAAUGCGGACAGUCCUGCCCGCAUUUUUUGAUAGGCAAUUCUCGAGGGGGCCAUUUGUCUUCACAUUUACGGAUUUCAACCAGAGUAAUAUUUUUGUGGAUGAAAACUGGAAUAUCACUUGUCUCGUGGACCUUGAAUGGGCGUGUACUAAACCAAUUGAAAUGGUUGAAACUCCUAUUUGGCUCACAAACAAGGCUAUGGAUGAGAUUGCCGAAGAUUCAGAUGAAUUCGCUGAGAUCUGGAUGGAAUUUGUGGAUUUUCUAGCCAGUGAAGAAGACAAAAACUGUAUGAAAAGUACCAAUAUUGAAACCAGAGUGAAACUGUCUUCACUUCUGAAACAAGGCUUUGAAAUCGGAAGAUUCUGGUAUCAUUUUGCAGUCACCAGCCCAACUGGUCUCUUCACAAUCUUUUAUAAGCAGAUCAAGCCAAGAUUUAAGAAAAACGAGCAGGAUGAGGAGUCUUUCUUUGCGGUUGAACCAUGGUAUUGGUCGCUAGAUUUCGUAUCGACAGUCACUAAGAAGCUGGAGGACAAAAAACAAUAUGACCUCCUCUUGCAACAUGCUUUUGACGAACAUGGUGAUGACACGAUUGAGAACUAA